GGCUGGAGUGGGUUCCCCAACAACGGCCUGCCCAUCUGCCACUUCCAUGAAUGACAAAGUCCCAGAGGCCUUCCUGGCAGGAGGAGACCCGGUGCCCCAAGGAAGAACUCGGAGAUGCCUAUCAGCUGUGGAGCCCAGUGGGCAGUCUCAGGAAGAAGAGGAAGAAGAAGAUGGCUUCCAAUCAGUGCCCCUCCGAAGACCAAAAGCUCAUCGUGUCCGAAACUACAUUAGUGAUCCUUUCAGACGUCACAGCUGGGAGCCUGGCAGUGUAUUUCAGGAUGCUGCCGAUGAUCCACUGGGAGGCAGGAACCUGCAAAAACUGGAUCCCAGGGACCCCCGGAGAAUUCCCUUAGUUCAAAGUCAGGAGGAGCUGGAGAUACUUCUGAGGCUGCAGGACCAGAGUGCCCAACCCCAAUACCUGUCUCUGGGGAGGCAGCUGCAGCCAGCUGGACGUAAAGCUCUCAGGAAAACGGGCAAGCCGAUCCCUUCAUCGGAC